AUGUUCGCUCGAGCUUUUCGAUCCCUGCCAUCCCAGGUCCAUGCGGCUCACGGCUUACCCCAGCGGUUUGGUGGGCGGUUCGGAGGCCAGGCACGUAUGAUGGCCUCAGUAGUGAACGGGGGACCCUUGUCAGCCAAGGCCCCUGCCGCUCCAUCUGCCAUUGAACGCGCCACCCUCACCAUCCGCAACGGACCUAUCUUCCACGGCAAGUCUUUCGGUGCAAAGACCAACAUCUCUGGCGAAGCCGUCUUCACCACCUCUCUUGUCGGCUACCCAGAGUCUCUCAGUGACCCUUCAUACCGUGGUCAGAUCCUUGUCUUUACCCAGCCGCUUAUUGGCAACUAUGGCGUCCCGUCUUCCGAGCGUGACGAGCAUGGCCUUCUCAAGUACUUCGAGUCCCCCAGCCUCCAGGCUGUCGGUGUCGUCGUUGCAGAUGCCGCUCUCAAGUACAGCCACUGGACCGCUGUUGAGAGUUUGAGCGAGUGGUGCAUUCGAGAAGGUGUCCCUGCCAUCUCUGGCGUUGAUACCCGUCAGAUUGUCACCUAUCUCCGUGAACAGGGCUCCUCUCUCGCUCGAAUCACUGUCGGCGAAGAGUACGAUGCCGACCAGGAUGAAGCCUUCAUCGACCCGGAGCAGAUCAACCUUGUCCGUAAGGUCAGCACCAAAUCACCAUUCCACGUCAGUGCUGCAAAUAGCACCUCCCACGUCGCCGUCAUCGACUGCGGAGUGAAGGAGAACAUCCUCCGAAGCCUUGUCAGCCGUGGAGCCAGUGUGACCGUCUUCCCUUAUGACUACCCAGUCUACAAGGUCGCCCACCAUUUUGACGGUGUCUUCAUCUCCAACGGUCCUGGCGACCCAACUCACUGCUCCCAGACCGUCCACACCCUUUCCAAAUUGAUGCAGACCUCCCAGAUCCCCAUCAUGGGUAUCUGUCUUGGUCACCAGCUUCUUGCCCUGGCAGUUGGAGCCCGGACUAUCAAGCUGAAAUAUGGUAACCGAGCCCAUAAUAUCCCAGCCCUUGACUUGACUACUGGGCGAUGCCACAUCACUAGUCAGAAUCAUGGCUAUGCUGUCGACGCCAGCACUCUUCCAAGUGACUGGAAGCCCUACUUUGUCAACCUCAACGACAAUAGCAACGAAGGAAUGAUUCAUAAGUCCCGGCCUAUUUUCAGCACUCAGUUCCACCCCGAAGCCAAGGGAGGCCCCCUUGACUCUUCUUACCUGUUCGACAUCUACCUUGACAGUGUUCAGAAAUACAAGGCCGGCCAGGCAGUCCACCAGCCCGGACGUGACAACCGUCCCAGCCCUCUUUUGGCGGAUCUCCUUGGAAAUGAACGAGUCGGUGUCAGCAUUGAGCGCGAACCUCAUGUUGCCUCUGUUCCUGAAGAGCCAGCACAGGCUUUAGCUGCUGCCGCUGCUUAA